GCUGCCUAGGAAGAGGGCUGGCUGGCUGGCUGGCUGGCUGGCUGCCUGGAGGACCAAGCUGAUGUGGGCAACUGGACUGAUCAAGCUGCUGGAGCCACCCCGAUCUUCUCAUGUCUCUCUGACACCCUUCUGAGGGACGCUGGGCACCCUGAGUCACCAUGGGCAACGAGAACAGCACCUCGGACCACCAGGAGGACACUGGCUCCCACAACACCGUCCUGGGGCCUCCAAACCCUGCCCCUCCACAGAGGACGUCACCAGUUCAGAGUCCAAGAUCAUUGCAACCACCUGGGAACAGUCAGCCUCUACAGAAGAAGCAAGGGGACUCGCCUGGAACCAGGGCUCGCAGCACUGGGCUAGAAGGCUCCUGCUCUGCUUCUGAGAGUGCUGCCAGCCUGGAUCCAUAUAGUGUGUCCCCAGAGGUGACCGAGCCAGGGAAGCACCCCCAGGAAUCCAGGGGGCCAGAAGGUUCUCCAGUGCCCAGCUCAUCACUGCCCUGGGAACAGGCGCGCCCCUCGGCCCCCAUGCCCUUCACCGAGUGUCCCCCAGAAGGUUGUUUGGCAAGCUCAGAAGCAGCACCUGAAGAUGGUACUCUUACCCAUAACCCUAGAAAGGAUGCAUCCUCUAGUAUCCAAGGGAACGCCUUAGCAACGUUUACUCCUAAAAGGGAUGGCUCCACACAGCACACAAAGGUUACCACAGCCCCCAGCGCUGAAGAAGACACAGAACCGAAAGGAGAGGGACAGAACUCAUCCUCCAGUGGCACUGGCCAAUUGCCAGGAAUUUCCCUAGUGCCUCCCCCGGAGCCAAGGACGGAGCUGCUGUGUGGAGAGAGUGACUGGCCUGGUGGUUUUGAGUCCCAAGAGAAAGCGGAUGUAGAUGACUUCUCGCCCCCAGGGUCUGCCGCUAAGGCCCCUGCUGCCACUGGGCUGGGGAUGGAGAGCUCGGGUGUCCCAGAGGAGGCACCCCCAAAACUUGAGACCAUGUUCCCACAAGAUCCAGUACUAAAAUCAUCUGAUAAAGAAAGAGGGGGAGUAGAGGUACUACCUACGUAUUCAGUCAAGAACUUGGAGUCUCUCGGAGGCCACCAUCCUUCUAAAAGCAACUUGGGGGCUAAGCCUGGAGUUGGAGCAAUCUCUGCCACCCAGGAAAGCUGCCAGCAGAAGGUGGAAAAGCAGCAGCCACAGGCAGAACGGCCCUCAGACCCACUAGGUUUUGCCACAGCGUCAGGAGACAGUGACCUCUGGAAGGAGACUCGAGGAGACACCAGAGAUGUUCAAAGCCAACCACAGACAGGGACAUCAGGACCUGGGCCCCAGGAGGUUGUCUGUGUGGCAUCAGGUAACCAGCCAGAUGGUAGCUUGCUUGGGAGUGCUAAGGCCCCUCCAUUUCCUAGAACAGAGGAAACACAUACAGCCUCCAGUCGCGCUGCACAGCCUGGGGCUUGGAAUUCUGUCACCGUAGGCGAGCCCAGCUUGUCCAAGGAGACAGAUUCUGAGGCUGAGCUGCCACUUUCUACAGAUCUGGCCGCAGAACAGGUUGAUACGGGGGUGAUGGAACUGAAGCCAGCAUCAGGUCUGGGAAGAACAUCAGAAGAACAGCCGGAAGGCAGCCUCCGAGGGGCCCUUGCCCCUUUCUUGCAGGGGCAAAAUGAUACAGUCCUGGAAGGGCUAGUGCUGCCAACCUUCUCCCCUGGGGCUUCAAAUGAAAGUUCUAGAAAGUCAGUGGGAUCAAGUGAUGGCCCUAAGGCCCCCGAGAAUACUGAAACCAGAGUUGUGGCUAGAGAAGAAAGCAGAUCACCAGGAGACAACCCUAAGGGACAAGAAGCCAUCAGCGUCCUUGAUGGUACGGAGUCUGGAAAUCAUGGGGAAGAGAGGUCCCAAGCCAUUCACAGCAAGCUCCAUCUGGAGUCUGACAAAGAUGAGGUUGCAAAGCCACACAGUGACUCUCCCGACUUAGACUCAACACAGCCACCCAGACAGGUGGUUGCUGGCCACAUGGAUGGGCCCCUCUCUGGGUCAGCAGAGGCAGUGAGGCAGGUAGGUGCUGAAUCCCAUAUAACUGGCACAUCCACGCCACUGCACAGACACCAUGAAGAGGACCCCAUCCUGUCCUCAGCAUCAGCUGGAACUGAUGAGCCCUCUCCUCCCCAAGAAGCCACCUGGGCAAGUUCAGGAUCUCAGACCAAAAGCCCCAGCAUGCUUCAGGGCAGUGGAGAAUUGGGAACAACACAUCCUGCUUUAGACUCUGAGAAAUCAGAUUUCCUGUCUGCUCCAGCAGUGGAGGAGGUACCCAAAGCUGGGGAGGCGGAGAACAUUUUGGAAAUAAAGAAGAGCCACUCACCCUUGCAGAGGCUGGAGAAGGUCGAACCCGAACAGGAAGUCCAUACUGAGGUGUCACCUCCCCUCAGUGGGACGAACUCGGUAGUGGGUCAUGGACUCGCUAUGCUUGGUUUGGAACUAGACUGUCAGGGAAAACUGUCCUGCCCAGAGGACAGCCCCCCACCGCCUCCGGAGAACCCACUCCAGUCGUCCGAACUGGACCCAGAAGCAUCUGUCUUUGCUAUUCUCUGCGAGAAGGCCCAAUCACCUACAAACGUGCAAGGGGCUUGUCCAAGUGGUCCAGGUCUGAAGAAUGAGGGUACAAAUCCUUCCCCAAUUCUAGUACCCAUGGAAGGGGAGCCUUGCAUAGGUGCGAGCUUGCCUACUCAUGAAGGAAAGGAGCAGGCUUUAGAACGUUCCCCCAAAGGCAGUCCUUGCAAUACUCCAAGUUCAGCACCCAAGGAUACAGAUCUGGGAAAGGCACCAUCAGAGGAGUCCGAACCACCAACCCCACUGGGACAGAAGCUGCCUGCAUUAGGGGAAAAUGAGCAAGAGGGUGGGGGCACUGGUGGUCAGCCCUCGGAGAUCCCACAUCCUGCAGAAGACACCGCUCUUACAGGAAGCUUGGGUGGAAAAGAGAGUUGCUGUAUUGGGCAGGGGCCGAACAAGUCCCAACAGGAGCCAGGUGAUACUCUGAAAGCAGGCAGCCAGCGUGAAGAAGCAUGUUGUGGGGACUCAGGUAUUUCUAAAGAGAGUGAUGGACUGCCCCUGCCUCAGGGCUUGGGUAAGACAGAGGUGGCAAGUAGAAACAUAGUGGAGGCCCCGCCUUGUCCACCUGACUCAGUAGCUCUCCUGGAUACAGCGCACUGUGCUCUGGUCCUGGUGCCUACCAGAGUCACGCCCACCCAGGAUGCCCUAGAGAGUGAGGCCCGCGAUGAGAGUCAGGAGGAGUCGGCCCCAAAGCUGGAGAUGGAGCAGCUGGCCACCGUAGGUGCAGAAGCACAGGGGCCUCCUGGCGGUUUCCCCAGAGGGGCAGAGCAAGCUGGUAUCGGUGGAUCUGUGGAGGCGAAUGUUGAUGCCGGGGAAGGGAUGCAGCAGGCUUCCGAGGGAUCAGACGCAGCUCUGCAUGGUGGCUUCUUUCAGACUGAUGAGCGCCUCACGCCUGGGAAAGAAGGUUACACCUCCACCCUGACUGAGCCGUGCCAACUUCCACAGCUUGAGCCCAGCUGUGGGGAUUCCUUGGGGCCAGCUGGAGAAUCAGAUAGGAUUCCCGGAAGUACAGUGGACGCUCUGGCACACGGCGGCGCUGUUUCAGAUCCACAGAGGCUCCUGCCGGCUCGACCACCUGAAGAGACUGUGCCUGGCGUCCCUUACCUGCAUAUCAAUGGCACUGCCAAGGAGGAUGCAGGAGAUGAAGGCCCCAGAGUACCUCAUGAACAUUCCUGUCCCACAAAGGAGCUCCCACCUGCUUUGGAAAGUGACACUCCUGGAGAGGUAUCAGCUGUCUCCAUCACUCCACUCUUGCAACCAGAAACUGCAGGUGGGGAAAUCUCCGCAGCAGGGGCUGGUAGUGGUGGCCCUCAAGCUGGAACCGCUGAGGGACCGGUGAGUCUUAUGCCCUACCUGGACAGGAUGACAUCCCUGGCCAAAGAUGAGCAGAUGACAAAAGAGUUGCAUGUGACAGCAGCUCCAGAGGGAAAUGCCAGGCCCCCUGAGGUUGCAGCACCCGCUGCCAGUGAGGAUGCAGCAGGAGAGACAGGCAGUAACAGGAAGAGCGCAGUAGAACUUACCCCAGAUCUGAGGGUUGGUGCAUCGGGUAGCGAGGUUGCGAGCUCCAAACAGACCAGUAUAAUUACGGGUCUUCCUGACUUCAGAGAGCACAUCACCAAGAUCUUUGAGCAGUCUGUGCUGGGAGCCCUGGCUGCUGAUCGGCCCCAGAGUUUACCUGGUGAAAAGGCAGGCACAUCAAGGAAUUUUCUGGUUGAGGGACCCGGCAUAUCACUCAACCCGGAGAAGCUUCUAGAUGGGGCUCAAGGAGUGGCUGCUGCCCAUCUCCCUGUACCUCCUGCUAGACUCCAGGUGGAGAAGAAGCAAGAGUUGACCGUGGAGGCUGAGAUUGCUCAUCUGCUUCCCCAGGAUCCAGCAUCCGAGAAGCUGGGGGGUCUGGCCAAGACAGCCUUGGAGAAGAACCUUCCAGGUGCCAGGAUUGAGGGGGAAGUGACCUGUGACCCAUUGAUGGUAACCAGGAAGAGGCUAGAAGGGACUGGGGAGUCUGACCAGAGAGCUCAGGCUCAUUCACAGCAGGGAAGCAGCAGGCAGGAGUCAGCAUUGGGCCUUCCCUCUUCUGCAGCUGUUCAGGGGGUACCAGCAGAAAGAGAUCCUGGCUUCCCUGUGGCUCCUCAGAGUCACACAGAAGAGGCUUCUGUUCGAGGGGACAGCAGUCCUUCUGGAAAAGAGAACUUAAAAGCACUGGCCAGCAAUAGACAGCACAGAGGAGACGGUACUGGGGCCCCUGUUCACACUGAGUGUUCAAGUAAUCUACAAGGAUCUACUGGUGCCCUGGAGGGCUCUUCUCCUCAUGGAAGUCCUUUGACUAUGCCUGAAUCUAACAGUAAGCUGUGGAUCCCUGCCACACCUGGGAGUGAAAGAAGCCCCAAAGCUGCUGUUAGUACUGCAGAAAUGCAAAAUGUGCUGGCUUACCAGGAUACCCCCAAACCCCUGGCCGGAGAAGUGUUGGAUACUCCUCUGGGGCCUAGCAAAAUGGCGGGAGCUGCUGAGGCAGCAGAAGGUGACAUCACACCAAGCACAGCUGAGACGAGGGCAUGUGUGUCUGGUGACCUCCUUGAAACAGGUACUGCAAGGAUGCUUCCCGCUGUGGCAGGUGAGUCAGCACUGCCUGGGAGCUACUCAGACCCAGGAUGUACCAACAGGACUCAGACAAUGGAAGGCACAGCCACCCUUCAAGGGGACAGCCAGGCCAGGCACCAGCAGGACCAGGAACAACUGGGCCCUCAGCUCCCUGCUCCUGUAGGGCAUGGGAAGACGAAUGUUUCUUCGCCUCCAGAGCCCGAUGGAAGUAAAGACAUGAAGCUGGACCUGUUAGCUCCAGAACUCCACACUGGCAGAAAGAGCCCAGGGCCCGGCUCAGCCACCUUACCUUCAGUUCCUGAGACAUAUGCUCCGCAAGCCUUUUCAGCAGAGGCCAGAGAGUCAGGAGGACCAGAAAGCUCCCCUGGAACCGAUAAUUUCAUCCAGCCAGCUGCUCCUGCAGACCUGGGACACCCACCCUUAGCUGACUCUUCCCAUCAUGGUGACAACGCCAGCUCAGUCGCUACACAUCUGACAGUCCAGAGGAGUUCCGACUCGGAGGAAGCCUUUGAGACCCCUGAAUCAACGACCCCUGUCAAAGCACCGCCAGCCCCACCUCCACCACCCCCUAAAGUCACCCCAGAGCCUGAGGUCAGCACUCCACCAGCUCCAGAAGAACCAGGAUGCAGCUCUGAGCCGGCUGUGGUUCCCGAUGGCCCUCGCAGCAACUCCGUGGAAGGAAGCCCUUUCCGUCCCUCGCACUCCUCCUCGGCGGUGUUUGAUGAGGACAAGCCGAUAGCCAGCAGCGGAACUUACAACUUAGACUUUGACAGCAUCGAGCUGGUGGACAACUUUCAGAGCGUGGAGCCAUGCUCUGCCGACUACAAGGGUCAGGAGUGUAAAGUGAGCACGCGGAGGAAAUCCACCGAAUCCGUGCCGUCUUCCAAGUCCACGCUGUCCCGCUCGCUCAGCCUGCAAGCCAGCGAUUUUGACGGUGCUUCCUGCCCGGGUAGCCCCGAAGCUGGGGCCCUUGCCACAGAUGCGUGUGGGACUGGAUCCAACAGUGCGUCCAGCACCCUUAAGCGAACUAAAAAAACACGGCCACCUUCCUUAAAAAAGAAACAGGCCACCAAGAAACCCACAGACACCCCUCCAGUGAAGGAGACCCAGCAGGAGCCAGGUGAAGAGAGUCCAGUCCCCAGCGAGGAGCACCUUGCGCCAGAGACAAAGACGGAGCCGGCCACACCUGAGGGCACUGGGUGCACCUUGUCAGAAGAGACACCCCUGGAGCCCACUGCUGUGAACACGGCCACCUGUCCUUUGACUUUGGAGAGGGCGGAAGACGUCAGCCCUCCGGUUUCUGGAGGUGGCAGAGUGCAGAACUCACCCCCUGUGGGGAGGAAAUCAGUGCCUCUUACCACAGCCCCUGAGGCAGUGGAGGUGACCCUAUCAGAGAGUGGGGGGCAGGAGGACUUGCCUGCCAAAGGACUCUCAGUGAGGCUGGAGUUUGACUACUCUGAGGACAAGAGUAACUGGGACAGUCAGCAGGAAAACGCCCCUCCCACCAAAAAGAUAGGCAAGAAGCCAGUUGCCAAAAUGCCCCUAAGGAGGCCAAAGAUGAAAAAGACACCUGAGAAACUUGACAACACUCCUGCCUCACCUCCAAGGUCCCCUACUGAACCCAAUGACAUCCCUAUUGCUAAAGGUACCUACACCUUUGAUAUAGACAAGUGGGACGACCCCAACUUUAACCCUUUUUCCUCCACCUCAAAAAUGCAAGACUCUCCCAAACUGCCCCAGCAGUCGUACAACUUUGACCCUGAUGCCUGUGAAGAGUCCCUUGACCCCUUUAAGACAUCCUCUAAGACCCCCAGCUCACCUUCUAAAUCCCCAGCCUCUUUUGAGAUCCCAGCCAGCACCGUCGAAGUGGACGGGGAUGGGUUGAAUAAGCCCGCCAAGAAGAAGAAGACUCCCCUGAAGACUGACACUUUUAGGGUGAAGAAGUCACCAAAGAGGUCCCCUCUGUCUGAUCCACCUUCUCAGGACUCCACUCCAGCUGCCACACCGGAAGCACCCCCAGCAAUCUCUGCAGUGGUCCAUGCCACAGACGAGGAGAAACUGGCCGUCACCAGCCAGAAGUGGACGUGUAUGACAGUAGACUUGGAUGCUGACAAACAGGACUUCCCACAGCCCUCGGAUCUGUCUAACUUUGUAAAUGAGACCAAAUUCAAUUCGCCCUCAGAGGGUAAGCAACUCGGUGGCCAGCCCGACCCACACCUUGCCUUGGAGAAUACUGUCGCUAGGGGGCAAAGAGCCAGGAAAGAUACUUGCCAGCCAGAGCUGGACUACAGAAACUCCUAUGAAAUCGAAUACAUGGAAAAGCUUGGCUCCUCCUUACCCCAGGAAGAUGACACUCCGAAGAAGCAGGCCUUGUACCUUAUGUUUGACGCCUCGCAGGAGAGCCCCGUCAAGUCUCCUCCGGUCCGGAUGUCGGAUUCCCCAACUCCAUGUUCGGGGUCAAGUUUUGAGGAAACCGAAGCCCUUGUGAAUGCUGCAACAAAACUCCAGCAUCCUGUCACACGAGGCCUGGUCUCCAACCAGGAGCCUCUCUUGCAGGUGCCAGAGAAGUCCUCCCAGAAGGAGCUGGAAGCCAUGGCCUUGGGCACCCCCACAGAGGCCAUUGAAAUUACAGCUCCGGAGGGUGCCUUUGCGUCUGCAGAUGCCCUCCUCAGCAGGCUGGCCCAUCCUGCCUCUCUCUGUGGUGCACUUGACUAUCUGGAGGCUGACUUAGCAGAAAAGAACCCCCCAGUAUUUGCUCAGAAACUUCAGGAGGAGUUAGAGUUUGCCAUCAUGCGAAUAGAAGCCCUGAAGCUGGCCAGGCAGAUCGCCCUGGCUUCCCGCAGCCGCCAGGACGCCAAGAGGGAAGCUGCUCACCCACCAGAUGUCUCCAUCUCCAAAACUGCCUUGUACUCCCGCAUCGGGCCCACCGAGGUGGAGAAACCUCCGGGCCUUCUGUUCCAGCAGCCAGACCUGGAUUCUGCACUCCAAGUUGCCAGAGCAGAGGUUAUCUCCAAGGAGAGAGAAGUCUCCGAGUGGAGGGACAAAUACGAAGAAAGCAGGCGGGAAGUGAUGGAAAUGAGGAAAAUCGUGGCUGAAUAUGAGAAGACCAUCGCACAGAUGAUCGGCAAGCCUGAGGAUGAACAGAGAGAGAAAUCGGUCUCCCACCAAACUGUGCAGCAGCUGGUCCUCGAGAAGGAGCAAGCCCUGGCUGACCUGAACUCUGUGGAAAAGUCUCUGGCUGACCUCUUCAGGAGAUACGAGAAGAUGAAGGAGGUCCUGGAAGGCUUCCGCAAGAAUGAAGAGGUGCUGAAGAAAUGCGCACAGGAGUAUCUGUCCCGAGUGAAGAAAGAAGAACAGAGGUACCAGGCCCUGAAGGUGCACGCGGAGGAGAAGCUGGACAGGGCCAAUGCAGAGAUUGCCCAGGUUCGAGGCAAAGCCCAGCAAGAACAAGCAGCCUACCAGGCCAGCCUGCGGAAGGAGCAGCUGCGAGUGGACGCGCUAGAAAGGACGCUGGAGCAGAAGAACAAAGAGAUAGAAGAACUCACCAAAAUUUGUGACGAACUGAUUGCCAAAAUGGGGAAAAGCUAACUUGGAACCAAGUGCUUGGACUUGGCCGUUGCGUGCAAUACGACCGUCGGCACACUGUCGCCCUUCCGAUUCCGCGGACAGGCUCUCUUCUCACUUUAUAUGCACUACUGUGUUCCCUUUCUAAGUAAGGUUGGUUUGACCGUAUGCAGUGCCGAGACCUACCGGGAUUUCUUGCUCUCCGUUUGCAUUUUCUAGUAUAAUUCAUAGCAAGUUGACCUCAGAGUUCCUGUAUCAGGGAGAGUGUCAGAUUAUCUUAUAAAAAAAGACAAAUUGCUGACCUUGGCCUUGUCCUUUGGUGAGCAGCAUCUGAUGUGACAUGAACGUAUGCAGCCUGCAUAGGGACUCUUGCCUUAAAGAGUGUACAAUUGAUCCACAUUUGCUGGUUGGUUUGUUGUUGUUUUUUUUUUAAAAAAAUGCAUGUUUCAAAUAAAAUUCUCUAUUGUAAAUAAAUUUUUUUCUUUGAGUCUUA